AAUUGGGAAAUGUCAUCUUUGUAUUUUGUUAAAUUUCUAAUCCACCUGCUCCAUUUGGAGGUUAAGAAAUACUAGGUACAGAACCUUCCUAAAUUACCCUAAUUUUUGUACAUGAAGGUUUUUUUUUAAUGCUUGUGUGUGUUUAAAGCACUACAGUCACCUGCUUAAUAUAUUAGGAACAAAACAAAGUGAGGGCUUUUAGGUACUGUUGAAAGAAUCAUUCCAUUGAGUUGAAUUAAGAUUAUAUUUCUAAAUAUUUCCCACUUAAUUUCUGCAAUUAAUAUUCUGAAACCCAAGGUGAUUUGUCAUGUCAGUUCAUCAAAACUAUUCAUAAAGUCAGUACAUAGUCUGAUAUUUCAAAAUUUCUUAAACAUAAUUUAUAUAUUUUUUUACAUGUGUUAAAGAUUCUAAUCUAAUGCCUUACACUUGAGCUAUUUGGAAGAAUCAGUGAUAAAAUUUAUAAAAUGCAGAGUUGCCUGCAGUUCAUUCUGACAGUUUAUAAAGAAAAUCUUUGGUUUGAAAAUAUUAGCCUCAUGAAGUGCAAACAUUUAAAGCCCAUUUUAGUUAUGUUUUUAACAGAAAAACGUUAGUGGUAAAAUGGUAAACAAAUUUUCUAGACCUCUCAACUCAACAGUUAUACAUGCUGAUAUUUGGAGACCUCACAAGGCUGACUUCUCUCAUGUUAUCUGAUCAUAUUUCUUUUACCAACAUGUUUUCAUGAUUUUAAGAUUUAAUAGAGAGUAUGGAGGCUUAAGCAAUAUUUCUCUCAGUAUCUAGGCUUUGGAUUGUUUCUUGAGGUUUGCAAAUAAUAAGAGGCAAAUUUUCUUAAUACAUGAGAGUGGUUGGUAACAAAUUCUGUUUUAGUAUAUUGGAUGUUUUGCCAUAAGAUUGACACCUGAAAAGCUCUCACCUUAUUUGGCUUUACAGUCGAUCAUUUAUCAAAUUAAUUUAUUCUUAUGAAGACUUGAACACCAAUAAUAGUUAAUUUCUAUUAAUACUGGAAAGGAGUGAUGCAGCAUGCAAAAAAACAAAAUUAGUGAUUUCAUUAUCUCCAUUUCAGUCAGCUCUGCUGAUUUUCAAAUCCAUAUUUCUAAACCUGAUGUCUUCUGAACUUUAGGUUUAAUAUAGUCAGCUGUGUAUUGGAAACACUUAUAAGUGUUGCAUCAGGCAACUCAAUUCUGAAUGUUCAAAAUGAGCUUAUUAUUUCUUUUUUCUUAAAAGCCUGCUCUUCCUGUGUUUCAUGACUCGGUGAAAAUAAAUGGCACUACCACCUAUCCCAGUUGCUGAAGCUAUAAAUUUAACCCCCUAAUCUUUGACUACUCCCCCAUACUACUGAUUCUACUUUCUAAAAAGCUUAUCCGUUACUCUACUUCAUUCCCACUGCUACCAUCCUAGUAUAAGCCAUUACUAUCUUUUGCCUAGCAAUGGCAGUAGCUUCCUAACUGUGUGUUUAUAUAAACUUACCAUCCAACUUAGUAUUUUGACUAGGGCACCAACAUGAUCUUUCCAAGAUAUAUUUGAUCUUUCACUUCCAUGCUUAAAACCAUUCAGUGGUACAUCAUUAUUUCAGGAUUAAGUUUAUAUCUUUUAAAUACAUAGGAUUAUGGGUGCUCCAAUUACCUUUUCAGCCUCAUCUCACCACAUCCUCUCACUGUUUUCAACCCAUACUGAGCUUAUUUACAUUUUUCCAAGAAGUUUAAUUACUUCUCUUCCUCUCCUGGGCCUUAGAGUCUUUAAACAAACUGUUCACUCAACCUAGAAGACUCUUUUUUUUUAUUUAGUUUUUUACUUGAGUUAUUACAUAUGUGUCCUUAUCCCCACAUAACCUAGAAGACUCUUCCCUUUAUUUGGCCAUAUCCUACUUAAACCUCUGACUCAAUCUAACUAUCACUGACUCCAGCAAGUCUUUCUUGAUCUCUAUCUAGGUUAAGCAAUUAUAUUAAGGCUUUGCCCAAGCUCUGUGCUUCCCUAUUAUUCAACAAAUAUUUAUGGUGCCAAGCAGUACCAGGCACUGUCUAUGAAAUCCUGAACUAAACAUUUAGUGUCUAAUCCAGGGGUGGGCAAACUUUUUGACUCGAGGGCCACAAUGGGUUCUUAAACUGGACCGGAGGGCCGGAACAAAAGCAUGGAUGGAGUGUUUGUGUGAACUAAUAUAAAUUCAAAGUAAACAUCAUUACAUAAAGGGUACGGUCUUUUUUUUCAAUAGUUUUAUUCAUUUCAAACAGGCCGGAUCCGGCCUGCGGGCUGUAGUUUGCCCAUGGCUGGUCUAAGCUCUUGCAUGCUAUACUAGUAUUCUGGAAUAAUGAUCUGUUAUGCAUUUAUCACUAAAAUAUAAAUUACCUGUUGCUCAUAUCCCCACUAGGCUGUAAAUUCCCUGAGUAGACACUUUGGCUUGUUAGUCACUAAACUUACUAAAUAGUAAAGAGAUUAAAAUCUCAGGGUCAGGAGAUGUAGUGCCUGUGUCUGUAUCCUAGCUCAGUGACCUAUUGUAUUUUCUUGGGCAAGUAGCAAUCUGUUUGCUUCAAUAUUUUCAUCUCUAACAUGGAGGUGAUAAAAUUACCUGUUGAGUUUUGGCUGUUGGCUAUUGAGUUGAUACAUAUAAAGGACUUAGAAUAAUGUCUGGAAUAUAGUAAACAAUAAAAAGCAAACUAUUAUUGCCUAUUUACUAAGGUCUGAACAUAAUGGAGAUUAAAUAAUUAGUUGAAUUAAAGAGUUAACAAAAUAGUAGAAAAAUCUAUAAAUAGCUGUUUAAAAUGUGGUUGACUGAUUUCAAAUUAAGGAUCCUAAAUCAAAGUUUAUAAGUUAGAGCAGAAACAGGGUUUGCUUCAAAUAUAUCUGCAGCAUAAAUAUAUCAACUCAACUUACUACUGUGACUUUAUUUUUUAUUUGAUUUAUUUAUGGCUUGGCUUUGCAUUAAAAUUAAAAACUCCACAAUGAAGAGUAAUGAUCUGUUACAUAAACUUCAAAAAAGAAAGACUUAACUAAAGAAGAUUGGGAUCCAUUUCCCUUCAAAUAAAUCCAGAGUUAUAAAAACAAACACCACUUUUCUCACAGCUCCGUUGACUAAUGAGUGUGGGUGUGGUUGGGCUACAGUUUUCAAUAUUUCUGGGUUCAUGAACAAAAGUUAUGAAGAAAUCUUUUAAAAUUCAUGUUUUAAAAUAUUACAGAAAUAAAAAAUGACUCACUGAAAACAUUCAAACAAUGCAGAAAUUUUACAAAACUAAAAAGUCCCUUUCACCCCAACUUUCUAGGGUAAACUUAACAUUUUUGAUAUGUAUCAUUCCAGGUCUUUAUUUGGUAUGCAAUUAAUUGUAUACAUAUAUGUAGUUGUAUAAAGCAAAAGAAAAAUAUGAUUUUGUUAGAGACAUGAUUCUAAAACUUUUCUCACUCAAAAAUACAAUAUGAGCAUCCCUCCUUAUUAGCUUGUAUAGACCUGCUUUUUUUUCAUGAUAUAGAUAUUUUCUUAAUUUUAUCCAUUCCCCUAUUGCUAGUCAUUUAGGUUGUUUCACUUUAAAUCUGCUAUUACACAGAAUGCUGCAAUAAACAUUCAUGUCAAUAUGGCCUCUGUUUGUAUCAUAUCUAUAGAUUAGGUAAAUGGGAUCAGUAUUCCAUUUUAAAUGUCAUAAAGCCUAAUAUUUCAAAUCUAGAGAGCAAAUGUUUGAGAUGAAAAAUUUAGGUAAAUUAUAACAAUUCAUAUGUCUUAAGGACUGUAUCUUAAACUCUGGUUUUUGUUUUAUUAUCCAGUAAGAAUUCUCUGGAAAACAUAGACCAGAAAGAUUGCUCACUGUUUAGCAGCCAUACAGGCCUUCUUUCUGUACUUCCAAUAUCUGACCACAGAGCUUUAUUUAGCAUUUAUAGUUUCCCUUUCUUGGAACAGUCUCCUGAUAUUUUCAUGGCCAGCUUUUUGUCUUUCAGGCUUCAGCUCAAACCUCACUUUCUCUGGUAAUCCUAUCUGGCCAUUCAGUCUGGUUGCUAGGGAGCAUGUGAUUUGGAUGUUCUCAUCUUGUCAAGAACCUUUACUGAAAGGUUGGAAGUUUCUUUCCCAUUAUUUUCUGGUUUCUAUGCAUGGAAGGACAUGUGCUUAAAUUUGAAACAGAAGCAUCAUCAUUUUGGUUAGUUAGAAUCAGGAGGAAAUAGCUUUCAAGAUGGCUUUUUGUCUUGGGCAAUGUUUAAUAUAUGCUGGGGCCUGUUCUCUCCAAGUCCAGCUGUUUAGUGGAACUUAAUCUCCAGCUCUACUAUUUGUGCAGCAGCUAGACCUGACAAUUCAGUGAAGAUACCGGCCAUUUCCUUAUUAAAGCCCCUGUGAUGCCUGGCCUUUACUAAUUGGUUUCUCCAAAACAUACAUGAACUCAAUGCAAAAGCAGCUGAGGACUUACUGCAGUCGCCCGCAUCUCUUGUGUUUGUAAAAACUCAAUUAAAAACAAUGAACCAGGUGCAAUUAAUUGAAAAUCAGUGGCCAUCAUUAAAAUAUUGAAUGCAUUUCUAGAUCAUUUGAUAGGGCCUCCACAAUAAUUAUUAAAAUAUACUUUUUUCUCCCUGUCUUUCCUAGGGGUCAUAUCAAAACAUUAUAACAUCUCUCAAAUAUCACAUGAAGGAUUUAAAAAUAUCUUUAGUCUAAAAUGGCAGAUUGUUCUCACAUAUCUCUUCAAUCCUGCCAAAAUAACUAAUCCCCAAGGUUAUGAGAAUAAGAGAUGAGACACCAUUAACUGAUAGAUGUCAAACCGUUUUCAGAAGGCCAAGGCAGAUGAAUAUAUGAUAAAUUAAUUCAGAGAUCAGAGAAAGUUACAUAGCAAAUGUCUGUAAUGGGGCAUACUAAACAAACCCACUUGACAUAGAACCCGUGAGGCUCAAUUUUUGCAGGCAGCAGGCUCCAAGGAAGGGGGAAGGGUGGAAACCUGGGAUUCAUUAAAGUCUGUGUUCAGAGCUGUUGGAUAUCCAAGAUCCUUAACCCACCCUGGGACUCUAGAUGACUUCCUUCCUCAUCCUACAGAUGUAAAGUUUAUUGUCUUUAAUUUUUGUAUUUAUUUUGGAAAGUUUUUUUUCCCUAGGUAAAUUAAAGCAAAGUCUCAAAGUCAGAGAAAGGCGCAGAUGAAGGUUGGGGUGUAUAGCAUCAAACAAGGGGAUUAUGUGAAAAUCUAUAUCCAUUGCUGCAGGAAUGCCACCCCUACUCCCCCAUCUUGGCCUCAUUAGAUCAGGAUCCAAAGGAUACUCCCUCCCCUCCAACACACGCCCAGGCCCACACACAGAGCCAAUCAGAAGAUUAUUCUCUGAAGAAACCCUGUGGUUCCUGAGGAAAAAAAAUCCCAAUACUGACAUCCGGGCAUUCUCUAAGAAAAGGCCAGGUCACACUCUCUAGGGACAGGAAAUCUAUCUGUUGACAAACUCCUCAUACACAAUCCGCUUUCCAGUGCCUCACUUUUACAUACUGACAGCCCAAGAUAAUCAGACAAGGAAGGCUUUCUAGAUGAAAGAAAAUCAUUUCAGUGUACUUUCUGCCCUUUCCCCCAUUUCGUUUUUAACCCCAGAAGCGAAAUCCCAACUAGGCCUUGGAAUGUAAAUCUUAAGAGAACACAUUCUAACGUUGGGAUCAUGAUCAUCUGAGAAGAAAAAGUGUCCUAGCCGCGGUACCCUCACGGAUGUCCCAAACCUCAUCUCACCCUGAGCAAGUGUGUUAUUUGUAUCCUGAAUUAAUGUGGCCGCUGCACAAAACUCUAUGGCUCCUCAAGAACCUUGAAAGUUAGCAAGCAGAGACAGCUGGAACCACACAGCCUUUAUCAAUUAUAUAAAUAUCUUUAGCAAUUAUAUAAUUAUCUCUUUUCCGAGCAAUGUCCUACCUCAAGGAAUGUUGAGAACUCAGUCCCUCCCAGGGCCCUAGCCCCAUAUCCCCUGCGAUAUUGCCACGAAAUAGCCCUUCUCCGGCUCCGCAGACCGGAGUAGCGCCUCCCUCCGCCCGCCUUGGGUCCCCUCCAGCGCCCCCGGACCACAGAGGCCCUGCGGGGCCGUCCCACCGCAGAGUCGCCCUUCUCUUCGCAGAGACAGUUCAAGGUCCCCUAGACCCAAGCAGCGGCCGACUGUUGUGUAAAUUGCCUCCCACCCCAGCGGUUUGUUGGUCUUUCCCACAGCGGUCUGUUUGGGUAGAUGGACCCUUUGAACCCCCCCGCCCAGUUUCUCGCUGGGUCCCUUGGCGGCGGGGUCUGGCCCCGGGGGACAGCACCCGCCCUCGCGCAGGGCCAGCGGCGCGGAGUCCCGCGUCCUGGCCAGAACUUACCGCACGGCUUUCCGUUGUUCUCACUCAAGUGCUGGCGUUCUCCGUCCGCGUCCGCGCGCGCCGAGAUGGCGGUUGCGGGGCUGGGUCCGCGGGGCGCGGGGCCGCGGGAGCCGCGUUACCCCGGCGCUGGAGGCGGCCCCCGGGGCCUGGCCUGGCGCUGAGCGGCUUUUCCCGCCGCGGAGCGAUCGUCCCGAGGAGGCGGCGGUCCCGGGGGCUCACGCACCGCUCCGAGGGUCGCCUUCCACCGAGACCAGCGCGCGAACAUGAGGUUCAACCCCGUCAUCCAAGCGGCCAUCGACCUCACGUCGGGGGCCCUCGGGGGCACCGCGGCUGUCCUGACCGGGCAGCCCUUCGACACCGUGAAAGUGAAGAUGCAGACGUUCCCCGGCCUGUACCAGGGCUUCGCCGACUGCUGCCGCCAGACGUACGCGCAGGUGGGCCUGCGCGGCUUCUACAAGGGCACCGGCCCCGCGCUCAUGGCCUACGUCGCCGAGAACUCCGUCCUCUUCAUGUGCUACGGCUUCUGCCAACAGUUUGUGAAGAAAAUGGUGGGACUGGACAAGCAGGCCAAGCUGAGCGACCUGCAGACCGCGACCGCCGGCUCCAUGGCGUCCGCGUUCGCGGCGCUGGCCCUGUGCCCCACUGAGCUGGUCAAGUGCCGGCUGCAGGCCAUGCACGAAUUGGAGAAGUCGGGGAAGAUCGUCCAGAGCCACACCACAGUCUGGUCCGUGGUGAAGGGCAUCCUUAUGAAGGAUGGCCCCUGGGGCUUCUAUCACGGCUUCUCCAGCACGCUCCUGCAAGAAGUCCCGGGCUAUUUCUUCUUCUUCGGCGGCUAUGAGCUGAGCCGAACGUUCUUGGCCUCGGGGAGAUCAAAAGAUGAACUGGGGCCCGCCCAUUUGAUGCUAAGCGGUGGAAUUGCCGGGGUUUGCCUCUGGCUUGUCAUAUUCCCCGUGGAUUGUAUCAAAUCCAGAAUUCAGGUUCUUUCCAUGCAUGGAAAACAGGCGGGGUUUGUCGGAACUCUUGUAAGCAUUGUGGAAAGUGAGGGGAUAGCAGCCUUAUAUUCUGGACUGACAGCUACUAUGAUUCGAGCGCUACCUGCCAAUGGGUCACUGUUUUUGGUUUAUGAAUACAGCAGGAGGAGGCUGAUGAGCCAGGUGGAAGCAUACUGAAGCGUCUUGGUGAACCUGGAUCCACAUGUACCCACCUUUGAGGACUGUAGUUUAUCUCAGGUUUUCAUGGAGUACUGGACUAAAAGAGAAGAAAGGAGAGGGAGAGAGAAACAUUCAUGUAAGAGAGGAACAUCAAUUGGUUGCCUCCUGCACACAGCCUGGCUGGAGAUCAAACCAAAACCUGGACUGAAUAUGCCCCCCUCCUCUCCAAAUUCAUAUAUUGAAGCCCUAACCCCCAAUAUGAUGGUGAUAGGAGGUGGAGCCUUUGGGAGGUAACCAGGCCUGGCAGACAUUAUAGGAUAGAGCUCCAUGAUGAGGUUAGUGCCUUUAUAAGAAGAGGAAGAAACACCAGAGUUGCUCCUCUCAGCCUUGUGAAGAUACAGAGAACCCUGCAGUCUGCAAGCCAGGAAAAAGGCCCUCAUCAAGAACCCAAUCUGCUGGCACCUUGAUCUUAGACUUCCCAGCCUCCAGAAUUGUGAGAAAUAAACAUCUGUUGUUUAAGCCACUAGCCCAGUGAUGGCGAACCUAUGACACGCGUGUCAGAGGUGACACACGAACUCACUUUUUUGGUUGAUUUUUCUUUGUUAAAUGGCAUUUAAAUAUAUAAAAUAAAUAUCAAAAAUAUAAGUCUUUGUUUUACUAUGGUUGCAAAUAUCAAAAAAUUUCUAUAUGUGACAUGGCACCAGAGUUAAGGUUUUUCAAAAUGCUCACACCGAGCUCAAACGGUUCACCAUCACUGCACUAGCCUAUGGUAUUGUGUUAGAGUAGCCUGAGCAGACAGACAAUCUGACUUACUAUCUCUCUAAUAUUCAAAUGUUCCAUAUACAGCAUAUAUGUAAGUCUUUUUGACCUAUUACAUUUGUCAAAUUUUCUAUCCGUGCACCAAUACCAGACCAUCUUGUUUAAUAUAGAUUUAUAACAAGACUUAAUAAUUAGUAGGGCAAGUUUUUUCUUCCUGUUCUUUUUUCCUUAAGAUAUUUCCUAGAUGUUAAUGACAUUUUAUUAUUUCAUAUGAAUUUUAAAGUAAUGUAAUGUCCUGUUACAAUGUACUGGGGGAGAAGAGAAUUGAUAACUUAAAAAAUGAAUCCAUCCAUGAGCAUCAAUAUGUCAUUAAUGUAAGUCAUCUUAAUGUCUCUUUAUAAAGCCAUAUAAUUUCCCCAUAGAGAUCUUACACUUUAUCACACUUGUUCCUAAGUACUUGAUUUUUUAUGGUAAUAAAUUGUAUCUUUAUUUUAAAUGUCAAUUUCUGUUUGUUGCUGGUUUAUAAAAUAAAAUUAUUGUGUAUGUUUUUUUUCAAAUUCCCCAACCUUCCUUUUUUUGAAUCCUCACCCAAGGACAUGCUUAGAGAGAGGAAAGGGGAGAGAGAGAGAGAGAGAGAGAGAGAGAGAGAGAGAGAGAGAGAGAGAGAGAGGGAGAGAGAGAGAGAGAGAGAGGAAGAGAGAGAGAGAGAGAGAGGGAGAGAGAGAGAGAGAGAGAGGAAGAGAGAGAGAGUGUGUGUGUGUGUGAGAAACAGAUUGACUGCCCUCUGCACAGUGCCCCAACUGGAGAUCCAACGCACAACCCAGGCAUGUGCCCCAACCAGGAAUCAAACCGGCACCCCUUCAGUGCACAGGAUGACACUCAACCAACUAACUGAGCCACUCUGGCCGGGCUGCAACCUUACUUUUUAAAAAUUAUAAUAUUUUAUCUGUAGGUAUCUUUGGAUUUUCUGUGUACUCCUUAAUGUCAUCUGCAAAUAAUAACUUUAUUUCUUCCUCUACAAUCUACAUAAUUUGUAUUUCUUUGCCUUAUCAUGCUGGCAAAAACCCCCAGUACAAUAUGAAUAGUGGACAUUUGUUUAUGAUCUCAGGAAUGCUUUUAACAUUUCACAAUUCACUUGUUUUGUAUUCAAUGUUUUCAUACCAUUUGAAGAUUAAGGGAAUGUCCUUCUAGUCCU